GACACUUAUCAUGACAGAGUUUUGACCAACAAUAAUGGAUGAAGUACCAGAUACAGCCCAGCACUUUAUUGAGUGUGACACAGAAUCCUGUAGGAACUUCUCCGAGUUUUAUUGUAAUAAAUGUCAUCAACCAUUAUGUGACCAUUGCAGAGAGGCGCAUUUGAAGAAAAAAAAACAUGAGAUUGUCCUUUAUCAAGAGAGAAAAAGAAAACUUCCUUCAGAGAAAUGCAGGAUCCAUCCCACCAAUGACAUAGAUAUCUACUGUACUUUUUGCCAGGAUCCUCUUUGUUCUACAUGCUUUGCUCAAGAUCACAGUGGCCAUGCAGUCACUGACCUUGAAACCAUCUACAAUGACAUUCUACAGCAAUGUCAGAAAAAAAUAAGCAAGAUCUGGAAUACUGUCAUUCCUGGGGCUAAAAAUGAUGUUGAAUCAAUGAGAAAAAAUGCCGUGAAAAAAAUUACCAAAUUAAGAUUCUUCAUGAAGAAGAGAGCAGAUGAACUAAAGAAGGUUGUUGACAGUUUAUUAAGUGAUAAUAAUAAAAAACUUGAUGUGAUCGAGAACUCUGUACUAAAUGAUAUUAAUGAACAUCAGAAGAAAACAGAGGACUAUAUGAAAAUCCUGGAAAAAAUAACUACAGACUAUGAGAGUAAAUUGUCCUCAGUAAAACAUACUGAACUUAUGAAAUUCCAUUUAGACAUAUCAUUAGCCACCCUGAAGAUACCUAAAAAAGCUGAACCCAAACUGCCAAUUCUAAAACUAGGUACACUAAAUAAAAAAAGAAAUAGCAAAACAGUUUGGUAAAAUUGAAAAACAGUCAUCGGAAAGGUUUAAACUUUCAUCUGUCACAAAAAUAAGUGAUAUAACAAUAAAGAAAUACAAUUUCCAUUUGUCUCUCUUGCCUCCCAAUAGAUUUUGGGCCAGUGAUAACUUGGGAAGUCUCGCUCAGUUUGAUAUGGAAGGAAACAUUUUUCAAAAAAUAUCAACCAGUUUGUGGGAUAUCCGAGGUUACCACACAGUCACCACAGAGGGAGAACUUCUUUACACAGAUUGCAGUGAAAACAUUGUAUACAUAGUAAAUAGUGAAAAGUCCAUCGACAGACUUAUUCAGACAGGGAACUGGAAGCUUGGAGCUAUCUACUCCUCUCCUAUCAAUGGAC